AUGCGCAGCUCAAAAGAACUGGAUACCAUUUACCAAAACACUAAGAUUAUUUAUUUUAACUUUUCGAAUGGAUUCUCAUUGAAUAGCUUUACAAACAGAGAUAGUCAACCAAUUUCCAUGAUUGUGCCUAGAAUUGUCUAUGCUGUUUUUGAAGGAACAGAGAAUAUCAUUAAAGGCAUACCACCUAGUGAUAAUGAUACUCUACUCUAUGGAGUCUUGAAAAUAAUAUCAAUGAAACUCCAUGAACAAUACAAACAACCUGUAAUCAUUCCAUUAGUAUUGGCCUUUGAUGAAUAUCAAAUAGCUACAAGACAUAUUUCAGAUCUACACACCAAAAUCCAACACAAAUUAGGAUGGUAUAUGAGACAAUUGCAAUUUGAAGACCAUAUUUUACUCUUUCCAGCCUUUGGAGGAACCUUGAAUGAAAAUGAUGCAAAAAUAAACCCAACAGAUUAUACACCCGCAACAUUGCCACUUCCAUCAUUGAGAUCGAUCGAUAUCAAAGAGAUUAUGCAAGAAAUGGGCCUAUUAGCACUGUAUGAGAGAAAUAGGGAGUUUUGGAAUGCCAUUGGAGUUGUUCCUCGGCAUUUGCAAUGGGCGAUAGAAGUCUAUAACAAGAAACAAGAGUUACGAAUUAUGGUAGACAUUUUUAAUGAAGAUACAGUAAUAUCUAACAUCUAUUGUAACGUAACAAACAUCGUCCAAAUGCAAUAUGGAAGUGAUUUAGAAAAUCCAACGGAUUACUUUGUCGAAUUGGCUUUGAGAACAUUAUCUGGAUUAAAUCAAACAAAAGAUGACAGACUUACCAAGUACAUCCUUGAAGGGAAAAUAUAUAGCAGUGAUGGCUUUAUUGGACUUCCUCUCGUAGUAAUUGAUAUCUUGGCAACAAAGAAGGAUUACAUUCCAAAGCAUGUCGUAUCUGAUUUCAUUACAGCGACAUCAAAAAAACCCAGAUGGGAGAUAUUUGAAGAAAUGUGUAUCAAAACAAUGACGGCUAGAUUUAACGUUUUGUUUACUAUUAACCGUUCUCGAGAGGUGCUUUUUUCAGGGUUGUUUAAAGGAGCACAUUUCAAAAUUAACACGGGAUUUAUUCUGUUAAAAACACCAACAAAUUUAUCAUGGUUUAUCUAUGGUUGCCUAAAUGAUCAUAUAUCAAAUGACGAAAAAAAACGAAGAUAUUAUUCAUUUCAAUCGCUUGAACAAGGCAAAAAAGAAUCAGAAGGAUAUUGA